GCCAGCUUUGGGUGGUCUUCUUACAUCAUCUUUUCGGCUGCACCAGGAGUCCUUGGCAGCAGAAAGAGAAAGGCGACGGAAGGAGAGAGAAGAAAGGUUGCAAAGGAUAGAACGUGAAGAAAGAAACAAAUUCAACCGCGAUUAUUUAGACAAAAGAGAAGAACUAAGACAAGCAAGAGAAGAGAGAUACAAAUACUUGGAGAGGUUGGCAGCAGAGGAGUAUGAGAAGGAGCUGAAGAGUCGGAGUGUAAGCCGAGGCAGAAGCGAGCUGUCCUUGAACCUGAGAUCUCCUUCAGCCCCAUCCUCACCUGCCCCGUCCUCACCUGUACCCAAGUGCGUCAGUCCAGCAUCCAUAGAGUCCCAGGAAGAGCUGAAGACCCCUUCCACCCCUUGUGGGACUCCUCAGCCUUCAGAAGUGAGUGCCAGUGAACCUGAACCAGAGACAGAGACAGAACCAGAACCAGAACAGGAGGCUGAGGCCAAGCAGGGAACGGAGACAUCCAAGGAAAUAGAGGCUACAGAGGUGGGACCAGAGAGUGAGGUGGAGCAAGGACCAGAAAGAGAGCCAGAAGAAAGUGCAAUACUCAGUGAAAAAGAGAGGCAGAAUGAGGAAGUGAAUGAAAAAGACAACUGCUCUGCAUCCAGUAUAUCCUCAGCAAGCAGCACUUUAGAGAGGGAAGAGAGAGAGGACAAGUUAACCAGUGACAAUGAAACUGGUCCAUGGUCACAGACCAUUCAGGAUGCUGGUGUGAAUGAACAGUGCAGCAACAUCCUCAACAACAAGCGGUUUAUGCUGGACAUGUUGUAUGCGCAUAACAAAAAACCCAAGGAUGAAGAGGAGAAGGAGCUGGAGGCGAAGGAGGAAAAGAAGGAGACGGAGGAAAGUGAGGAGUCACUCACUAGCCUAGCCAGUAGGAUCUCUAUCCUUCAGGCCACGAAGCAGGCCAAAGACGAAAGUGUCAAAAAGAUGGAGAUUGGAAAUCUGGACAACCAAGGCAGCGUGAAAGCCUUUGCAGAAAAAUUCAACAGUGGUGAGCUGGCCAAGGGGACAGCUGUGCCUGAAGAUGAAAUCAGUGAACAGGUCCCUGAGAAAACUCCAGCACAGCCAAAGAAGGAAUCUGACUACAUCUGGGAUCAGCUCAUGGCUAAUCCUAGAGAACUUAAAAUCAAAGACAUGGAUUUUACAGACUUGGGGGAGGAGGAUGAUGUAGAUGUGUUGGACAUGGAUAUGGGUCCUGGGGACUCCCUUGUUCCCCCUCCUCCACCUCCACCUUCCUUUCUGGGUUUGCCUCCUCCACCACCUCCCCCGCUGUUUGGAUGUCCGCCUCCACCUCCACCCUCUGCUAAUUUAUUGGCUCCUCCUCCGCUGUUCAGCACUCCUCAGGGUUUAGGGUCACCCCAGGUUUCCAGGGGUCAGCCAGCAUUUAUAAAGAAGAAGAAAACCAUCCGUCUGUUUUGGAACGAGGUACGGCCAUUUGAGUGGCAGUGUAAAAACAACAAACGCUGCAGAGAAUUCCUGUGGUCGAAACUGGAACCCAUUAAGGUGGACACUUCCAAACUGGAGCAUCUCUUUGAGUCUAAAUCCAAGGAACUGCCUGUCACCAAGAAAACUGCUGCAGAUGGAAAGCGACAGGAGAUCAUUGUAUUGGACUCAAAACGAAGUAAUGCUAUUAAUAUUGGCUUGACUGUGUUGCCCCCUCCCCGCACUAUCAAGACUGCUAUUUUGAACUUUGACGAAUAUGCCUUAAACAAGGAAGGAAUAGAGAAAAUACUGACCAUGAUCCCAACCGAGGAGGAGAAGCAAAAGAUCCAGGAGGCACAGCUGGCAAACCCCGAUGUGCCCCUGGGCAGCGCUGAGCAAUUCCUUCUCACCCUCUCCUCCAUCAGCGAACUCUCCGCCAGGCUCCAGCUCUGGGCUUUCAAGAUGGACUAUGAGAUAGUGGAAAAGGAAGUUGCAGAACCACUUCUAGACCUGAAGGAAGGAAUGGACCAGCUGGAGCACAAUAAAACUUUGGGAUUUAUCCUUUCUACUCUCCUAGCCAUUGGCAACUUUUUGAAUGGAACCAACGCCAAAGCUUUUGAGUUGAGCUACCUCGAGAAGGUUCCAGAAGUCAAGGACACAGUGCACAAGCAGUCCCUCCUGCACCAUGUCUGCACUAUGGUGGUGGAAAAGUUUCCAGACAGUACUGAUCUUUAUUCAGAGAUCGGGGCCAUUACUAGGUCAGCCAAGGUUGACUUUGAACAACUCCAGGAAAACUUGUGUCAGAUGGAAAGGCGGUGCAAAGCAUCAUGGGAUCACCUGAAGGCUAUAGCAAAGCAUGAAAUGAAGCCAACUCUAAAGCAAAAAAUGUCCGAGUUCCUUAAAGACUGUGCAGAAAGAAUCAUAAUCCUGAAGAUUGUUCAUAGAAGAAUAAUUAACAGGUUUCACUCAUUUUUGUUAUUUAUGGGCCACCCUCCCUAUGCAAUACGUGAAGUCAACAUCAACAAGUUCUGCAAAAUUAUCAGUGAAUUUGCUCUGGAAUACCGCACCACCAGGGAACGAGUUCUGCAGCAAAAACAGAAACGAGCAAACCACAGGGAAAGAAACAAGACCAGAGGGAAAAUGAUAACAGAUACCGAUGAAGAAGAGGAUGCUGAGUCUGGCAAGUUCUCCAGCAGCUCACCCCCCUGCCAGAGCCAGCCCCAGGGGCUGCAGUAUGCUGAAGACGCUGCAGAGCACGAGAACAUGAAGGCCGUGCUGAAGACCUCCUCCAUCAGUGGGGAAAGCACCACGACACUCGGGGUCCGCACUCGAAGCCGGGCCAGCCGAGGCCGUAUUGGUUCGUGGAACGCUGGCAACGACGAUUCACCUAAUGCAACAGAUGAUGCAGCAGACGAGAUCAUGGAUCGCAUUGUGAAGUCUGCCACCCAAGUGCCAAGCCAGCGAGCGGUGCCUAGAGAGAGGAAGCGGUCACGAGCAAAUAGGAAGUCAUUGAGAAGGACACUAAAGAGCGGACUAACACCAGAAGAAGCCAAAGCACUGGGCCUCAUCAGCACCUCUGAGAUGCAGGUUUGACGUCCCGGAGGUGGUGACGGGAAGAGCCGUUCAUCUGAAGCACACAGGCUGACAACUCUUCGGUGUGGCAUUGACCUGCCAGCCUCCUCUGCUGCUCCCAACAUCCCGUCCUCUGUUAGUUCGAUUUUAAUAAGCAACAAGAAGCGAAAUCCCACAGCUGGGGCAGAAGAAGGGUGUGCCGCAGCUCAGCACAACAUCCGGACAGUAACCGAGGAAGCGUUUGAGUGAAAGGUGAAAGAAGGUGAAAGUAUAUGGCGGCUUCUUCUCUUGGUGUGUUGGUGUAGGUAGGAGGGGGCUCCCUCCGAGUUAUCUGUCGUUAUGUGAGCUGUGUUUCCGUUGGCUUACCUUGCUCCCUGUUUUAGUCAUUGUAAAUGUAUGGCAUUUUGUCAAUGCAACAAACAGUCCUUAAAGAGGCAAAAUAAGUCCUAUUACAGCAACCCCAAUUUUCCUGAAGCGGAUUCAUUAAGCAAACAUGCACAGUCUGUGCAACCCUGUGGUUUGUUGGGUUUUUUAUUAUUUUGCCACCAAAGAAUGUAAAAAUGUAUGUGUACCUUUGUAUAUGUACAGAAUGAAUGUGUGGACGUAUAUGUGCGUGUAUCUAUACACAUACAGGCAUGGUGUGAUAUCAUGCUCUUGCUGAAGCUAGCUGGACCAUGAUUUUCACUCUGGGGCCUUACUGUUCCACCUGGACAGGAGGAAAAGAAAGUCUUUU